AUGGUACGACAAGCAGCAAGGCCAAAGUCCGACAUGAGCUACUCCAAUUACAUCGCUUCCAAAACAAGACUCGCUAGGCUUGAAGCUGACGACAUGCAAAAUUAUGCGGCCAUGAGUUAUGCGGAGCUUCGCGAGGAGAUGAAAUCUCUUGGGAUGUUCCAAGGUGGAAAAAAGCAACGGAUGGUCACCGUGCUUGAGCGACAGUUUCGAGAGAUGCGCAUGGAACACACGAGUCAGGCUAAGCGUCGUCUUCGUGAGCACCCAGAGAUGAUGCCUGCCAGCGAAUUCAAGAGAGAUCCUUCCGUAAUCUCUUUCACGGACUUGCCUGGUGAGGUCCGAAACAUGAUCUAUGAUCUUGCCCUCUUCGAACCUCCUUCGGGCGAUUUCGCACAAGCUGGAAACUGGGAGAUGACUGCCAACAGUGAUCACAUAUUUCUCUCUCGUUCCCGGACAUGUAAUGUGGAACUGGAUCUUGCAGAACUCCGCUGUGACCGCACCAUUUCAGCGCUGCAUGUUGUCGGAGCCUUGGACAAGCAAACCCGGAAAGAAGUUCAGACCUUCUUCUGGGCUCAAAUCCACAUCACGAUUGUCCUAGAGAAUUAUGACCCACAGGACUACUGCUCCGUCGUUCACCGGUUUCUUGAGAAGAUUGGCCCUCUAGGUAGAAGCGCCCUUGCCGGCUUGACGGUACAAGGGGUGUACGAAGUUUAUCAACAACCGCAACACCAAGAAUACCAGACCAUGAUCGCGUCGCUGCGAGAGUGCAGAAAUUUGCGGACACUAAAUAUGUGCUUACCCAUGCACAUGGUGAUGGGUCCCCAGGACCGGAAGGCGAUGGAGCAGUUCUUCUUACAUGGCCAGCCUUUGGUCAGCCCUAGCGUGGACGCCCUUGUAGGCGCACUGCAUUCGAUUCCACAACUUCGUUGCGUGCGAUUGUGCGCAGAAUCUAAUGAAGAUCUAGAGUACUACCUCGGACGCGACGACUUUACCAUCUUCGCACUGACAGGGGCGCGUGAAGGGCGUCUGGUACAGGAAGUCCGUAGGCACCUUCAGGCACGUACAGACGUCGAAUAUGAAGUCGUGGGUAAUAUCGAUCAGGUGGAGAGUUACGAGGAAUGGCUGACACGGAAAGCGGGUUAG